UAUGAGUGUUAUAAUCGCUGUAUGCGUAUAAUUGUACUUUAAUAUUUCUGAUAGACGAGAUCAUUAUUAGACUGUUAGUUUGAUAUUGUUAAUCACAAUCAAUUACUGUAAAUAAGUGUGUGCGGUUAGAACAACGUAUAAAUCAUAUAGUUUAUUAAACAUUUUUUUUAUUUUUAUUUUUUUUAUUCGACGGGUAGACGACAUUGUAAUUAUUUCUUGAUAAAAUACAACGGUACAAGUACGACGUGUUAAUACUGCAGUGCGUGAGUUUUCAUCAAACAUAAUAUAAAUUCAUAUUUCAUAAUCUUCUUACUCGUCCAACAACAUUAUCAAUAAGGCACCACGACGGAUGGCGAUGACAUCGGAGCGUCGUAAGAGGGUGGCCGUGGUCGGAGCUGGUGUUGUCGGAUUGAACUUGGCGCUGGAGGUGCAAAGGAGAUUUCCGGACGCAAACGUGGCCGUGAUCGCGCACAAGUUCAACGGAGAGACACUCAGCGACGGAGCCGCCGGACUGUUGCGACCGGAUUCGUACAUUUUUGGUCCCAACCGCGAAGUGUCGCAGCAGUGGGUUAACGACUCAUAUAGUUUUUACAAAAACUUAUUAAAUAAGAAGGAUGAACGGUGUGGCAUAAAUGAAGUAUCUGGCUUCAUGUUUUCUUCAAGAGGCCCCGAGUUUGUCAAAAAUCAUUACUUGGAAAAUUGUAUAUCGGACUAUAGGGAUGCUACCCAUGAAGAACUUCAAGCGCAUUACUCACCUGAUAAUAAUGUCUUAACCAAAUAUGGAAUUUUUUAUACAUCAAUGGUUAUUGAAUGUAAACGGUUUUUACCAUGGGCUUUAAAAAAGAUUAGUGAUAGUGGUGGGAUUAUUAUUAAACGAAGAAUUGAAUCACUCGAAGAACUCUACGGAGAAUAUGAUGUUAUUUUUAACUGUACCGGGUUUGAAGCAAAACAGUUAUGUAGCGAUGUAAAUGUGAUACCUAUUCGAGGACAAGUUAUUCGGGUUAAGGCUCCGUGGAUAAAAAAUUUUUAUUAUUACGAUUCCGACACAUACAUUAUUCCGUCAAAAGAUGACGGAACUGUUGUACUUGGCGGAUGUAGACACUUUGGCAGUUAUGAAGAAAGUGUGAAUGAACGCAAUACAGAGGAAAUACUGGAAAAAUGUGUUAAUCUGAUACCGUCAUUAAAAAACGCGCUGAAAAUGGACUAUGAAAUUUGGGUCGGUCUUAGGCCUUAUCGAAACAAAAUUCGAAUAGAAAUGGAACAAAUAAAUAACACUGUAAUUGUUCACAAUUACGGUCACGGAGGAUAUGGAGUAACAUUAGCGCCCGGAACUGCAAAAUAUGCUGUUGAUUUGUUAACCCCAUAAGUACUAAUGUCGGAAUUUGGUUUUGCGGAAUAAUAAAAAAAGCAAAUUUAUUUA